GCCAUUCACAACUUCAUUACUUCAUAUACGAGUGAAAUCGACAUCUCCACUCCGCUCUUCGUGUUGCUUUUACGAGUAAAUGAAAAGGUACGUGGUUUUUGUGUAUAUUCUUGAUUUAUUUCACUAUUUGUAUGUCUGCCUGUGCUAUGGGGCUUUUGUAUACUUUAUUUCAUGUAAAUGUGGCGUUUCAGCUGUCUUUUCCCAGUUUAAAGGCAGACUGUCGCGUAGCUUUAUACAUUUUAUACUAUGUCAAUUUCACAUACGAUUGUAAAAUAGUUGUCCACACUUUCAACACCUUUGAGGUGUCUAAGACCAACACUUUCUUAUUGUUUACAAAAGAGAAACUUAUAGGGCAUAUCUUUUCGAGAGUAAGCCUGUUAGACACAAGGCAGCACAGCAAACCGCUUCGGCCUUCAUUCAUUUGACAGCUGUGUUUGGACUUGCGUGAAAUUACUCAAAAAUCAUUAAAAUUUUUUUGUGGUAUAAUAACUUUCAAUCACAGACAUGUCGACGCAGACCCAAGACAUUAAAGCUAGAGUAUCAAUAACACCGUUGUCAAGAACAAAAAUGUGAUAGUGUAGUAUUUUAAUAAUGAAAGGCUUCAUAUUGUAUGCACGGUUUGACGUAAAAUAUCCUUGACAGCCGCCAAAGGCCAAGUGUAUAAAAACAAUGCUUGUGGCUUAAUAUUGAAAAACUAGUAAGCUUUAUGGUUGUUUAAGUUAAGAUAAUAUAAAAAAUAGUCUAAAGAUUGUUUCAGGAUGCGUUUCAGUUUAGUAUUGCGGAUGCAAAGGUUGUAAUUUGUGUGAACUGUACGUCAUAUGUGUAUUUAUAUUAAUCCCGUUGUCAGUUUACACGCUUGAAGAACUUGUCGUAAGUAAAUAAACCUACUUUAUUGGACUGAAUCUGGGUUUUUUUCUUUAUACAGCGCACACACCAGCCUUUGCAAGGCUAGCAAGGCUUUCUGCCUUGUCUAUCUUCAAGAACUUCAAGCUUUCCGAACAGUACAACGUUGAGUUUGGCUGACUUUACACACUAUAAACAGACGAGCGAUGUUGAGACUUUUAACCAAGUUUAAAACACAGUCACUGAACGAAGUCAAACCAUACGAGAGCAAUGUAAGUUUGAAUCGCUAAAAUUCGCUUGGCUACCGAAAUUGGUAUUUCUAACCAAAUAUGAGUAUAGGAUGUUUCUUGUAUUGUUUUCUUUUCGCUUUCAUUCAGGGGUCACUCGUGUCAGCUGGUCAUGGGGAAACACUAGAUUCUGACGACGGGACACAGCAGCAAACGUGGCAUCGUAAGUUUUAGGAUAAUUAACCUACUCAAUACAUUAAAAUAGCUUUAAAUCUUUUACAAAUUAAAAGGCCAUGUCUUUGUUUUGGGAACCAUUGAGGCGCCAAUAACUAGCUGUUGGAACAAGUUGUGAAUGUUAUAUUGUGUUGUUUUUUUUCCUCGUAGAAGAGGUUAAGGCAGAGCUUGAAGACACAGACGACGCGUCGAAAGACCUAACUCGCACUCCUUUCCUCACACGCAUGCCGAACGUACACGUACGAACACUUCAUUUCGCAAACGAACCGAUAAAAGAAGACGAAAGCCUUAAAAACGAGAAUAAAGAAAAUGGGGAAAUGUUGACGGGACUAAACGGUCUGAAUUUCCCUUCUCCGAGCAGAGGACUCUAUGCCGAGAAACGAAAAUGGUCCGAUACAAAACGCUCUCGUUUUCCCAAACAAAACUUUUCUAGUGACAGUUCCUCUAGUGACGAAGAAGUAAAGGAAUUGUUUUCUAAGCAACAGAAAAGCAAUGGUUCUAGCACAAAUAGCAACGAAGAUAGACGACAAAAAACAAGCCCUGUUCGUAGCGCGAAAAUUCGUCCUUCUGACAGUCACGCGCGAAAAAGACACCGAAUGACUUCCCAUGAAAGAAUUUAUAGCCGUCCUUCACUUGACUUCGAAAAAAUGCAACAGGUACGCCAAUUCUGGCUUUUAUCUUUUUGAAACGCGAAAUCAUAAAGUUUUCUACCAAAUGCAUACGUUUCUGCCGAAUAGCCAAGAUAAAUGUACUAAUUUCAAAAUACUCUUUUUAAUUACGCAUUUUUUAGACUUUUGACGUUUUAUAGUAUAAAAAUAAAUUUUUUUUAUUUUCGGUCUUGCUGAGUUUAUGACCGCAUUGAAUCACAUUGUUUGAACCGAAUUCAAUCAGCAAGAUAGAUUGACCAUUAUAAUUUACAUUCUUUUGUGUGCCUCUUGGCUUGAUCCCUGUCGGAUUAGGUCUUGAUAUCUCAUAAUUGCCAAUUCUUCAAAACACGUAUCAACGCGCGAUAAAAUAUUUAGCCGAUGGCCCUUUGUAUACUAUCUUAAUAUUUUGAACAUUUCAGACAUUGUGCCCAAUAACUUAAUUAAUAUAGUGAGUCAUAUUCUACUGCUUUUUACUAUACUUGCUUUUAACUCCUUAAGUACUAGGCCUUAUUUACGCAUUAUUUUUUAUAAAGUUUUGCUGGAAAAUUUAUCGUAACCAUGGCUUAAGUAAACAUACGGAAAAAUUGUAUUAUAAAGUGCUAAAAAUCUCGAAUUUCUGUUAAAUUUCUGUUGAUUGAUGGCUUAUUUUCUGCCUAGUGAUAAAGCAAAUCAUUCAUUAUUAAAAGCCCUUUCAAAAUUUUUGCUGCAAAUCGUUUAGUAUACUUUGCGUUGCGAAUAUUUCUAUGACUAUGGACCCUAUGAUAUAAAGGUUUCUAUGCCUGUACUAUAUGCAGGUUUCUGCAUGCAUGUUUGUGUAGGAGUUUUGUGUGAUACCUUUUACCCAAAUGUGUUCCUUCCUGCCUAGUUGCAUAAACGCCCACAUUUAUAUUACAGUUUUUCUAAGAGCUAAAUUUAUCGUGAAGCGCAAAGUCUGCCAAAGAAGGAACUUCAAAAAGGCAGGAAAAAGAUGCUUGCGCGGUGCAUGCAAAUUUAAUAAAUACGCAGGCGUUGGAAGAAUGUUGCGCACCAGGUGCGAGGUGGUCUCCCGAUAAUAAAAUCUGCAGCCUGUGGAAAUGUUUAAAAAUAUGGUAUACACUUAACAAGCAGCGCUUUUGUGGUAACUAUUUUUCCCAUAACUUAUUACAAAUAGUUUUUGAGAAUUGGUCGGUAUGAAGUAAGCGUUGACAAACAUAUCAUAUGGCAGUUACCGCUCUUAACCCUUACUGGAGCAAUUUCUAUUUGUUUUUCUCCAAAUAUUAUGCAAGGGGUAUAAAAAAGUGUUCCAAAAUAUCCACUAAACUGAAAAUUCCGCAAAAUUUGUGAAACUUUGUGUUAGUAUGGGCAGCUUGUGGGGUAUAGUCUGGUAUCAUUGCCACAAAAUUAUUCUAAAAAGGAAAUCUUCGAGUGCGGCAGGUUGUUUUGCAAAACCACUUAAAAAUGGCGUGCGCACAAAAAUGGAAGGUUUGAAACGCAAAUUGAAAUUAUUGGAUCUAAAUUUGGAAGGUGUUUUGUGAACUAUCAAAGUACUAACCAAUUUGAUGUACCGAUUACGCCAGUUACGCGCGACCUCUAAAACUUGUUUUUUUUGCCAUAGCAACCUUUCGCUGUGCCACAGCCCUGCUCAAAUAUUUACUUUUCAAAAUAAUUUUGUAGUAGAGAUAUCAGACGAUCCCAAACUACUCAUGCUAACACAAAGUUGUCAAUAAAAGUAUCGAUAUCGCGGAAUUUUCUGUCAGUUAAUGAAAUUCUAGAACUGUACACCUUUUUUUAUAAUGAGAAGAAUGAACAUUUUCUCACUGUGAUGACUACAGGCUGAUCGCCAUCUGCUGCAAAUAGAGCUUAUUAAAACACCGAUACCCACGAUCUUUUCACGAAAAACACUGUGUUACUUUAACCUCAAUUGAACUAAAUUGAAAUGAAAGGUAUAUGUCGGCUGUUAAAGAGCUGAAUUCAUCGCGUAAUCCAGUUAGGAUACCUCAAUUGCUCUAUAUUUUCAUUAGAAUUACCCCUCCUUAGUAGGGGGUUAAUGAAAGAAGUCAUGUAGGUAAAUAAAAUUUAAUGAAUUUCGCAUGCUUUAUUACAGAAGGUGUUCUGGAAACGAAGCACGUACGGAGCCUCCAGACCGCGUAUUGUUAAAGUCCGGGUAAGCUUUGCCUUGUUUAGACCAGGGAUGGAUUUACUGGGGGGGUGCUAUUUUUCAUGAUAAAGCAAAAAAUUAUCAGAGACAAAAUGAGAUUCAGUAAUUUGAGUAAUAACAUGAUGAUAAGCGAACUGUGAGCAACAAUUACAAUUCAAAUAAUGUAGUCAAGCUAGACUUUGCAGUAGUUAAGCAAGUUGAUGAAUGUGUAAAGUCACUGGAAAGCAAUUGCAAUGUACUCGUCCGGAAAAUUUUUUUCCCUAAAAAGUUGUCGAUGGGGGGGGGAGAGGUUGUUGCUCUUCGAAAAUUUUUUUUGGCAGAGCACUCCCCACCAGACCAUGCUGGAUCCAUCCCUGGUUUAGACAAUGCAAAAUCCUCAAUUGUCUGAAAAUCCGAAAUUGUUUGCCCAGAGGUUUACAAGUGAUUUAUGAUACUUUGCUGGUGUUAAUCUUUUGUUUAAAUUGUCUCAGAAUUGUGUGCAGGACAGCCACAUAUUGGACUGCCUGAUUCAACGUUAAUGACUUAAUAUAAAUGAGUGGGGGGUUCUAAUCCCAUUUUCCUAGGCAAAGUAUUGUCUAAAUCCCAGUCAACUGACUAACUGGUUUGCAAAAUGAGGGUCUUCCAGGGGUUUCUAGGGAACAAUGCCAAAAAAUAUAGGGAACAAGGAAGCAUGUACAGUAAGCUUGGGGAAACAAGGGAACAUGAUGAAAUCUUUGUGGGGGAACAAGGGAACAUGUAAGCUGGGGAAACAAGGGAACAUUGUGAAAUCUUUGUGGUGGAACAAGGAAACCUAUACAGUAAGCUUGGGGAAACAAGGGAACAUGAUGAAAUCUUCGUGGGGGAACAAGGGAACAUGUAAGCUGGGGGAAACAAGGGAACAUGGUGAAUCUUCGUGGGAGAACAAGGGAACAUGUAAGCUGGGGGAAACAAGGGAACAUGGGUGAAUCUUUGUGAGGAACAAGGGAACAAAGAAAAAAUUUCCAUAGGGGCAAAGGAACAUUGCCAAAAAUGCUGGUGAAAAGUUCAUUCCCAGUGGUUUAAAUCCCGUUUUCCCAGUGAAAAAGAUACGCAAAUCCCACCUCCCAUUUCACCCGGCCUUUACGACGCUUUGUGGUAGUUUACCAGAAUCCUUGUUUGCCCUGAGUCUGCAAUUCACGUGUGAUUUAUGGUACUUAAUUUGCUGGCUUGUUUAAAUUGCCUUGGAGAAUCUGUUAUAGCUUGGUGUUCAGAAAAUUUCAGAAACCUCAGAAAAACAAAUUGUUUGCCUAGAGAUUUAGGUGUGAUUUAUGGUAUUUUGCUGGUACUAAUCUUUUGUGUAAAUUGCCUCGGAGAUUUGCAGAACACUCUCAUAAUGUUCUCCCUGAUUAACCAUUAUGACUUUAGCUUGGGUGUGUUGACAACGCCGGAAACUUCGCAAAGUAUUUACCCCGAGAUUUAUCAAACGAGGAUCGGAGGAUGAGAGUUGGCACUCAUGCGAUCUUGGUUAGCUGUUCUCAAUGCUUUCCCAACACUAUUAUGUAUUUUAGUUCAGUUAAAACGGACUUGAUACACACUCAUCAAACCAGUUUAUUUUGUUAAUCUAUAGAGCUUGAAAUUCCCCAACUCUCAUUCCCGUUUAAUCGGAGCUUUACGUGUGAUUUAUAGUACUGACAUUAAUCUUUUGUUUAAAUUGCCUCAGAGUUUUGCAGGAUACUCGCAUAAUCUCGAUGCAUCUGUGAUGACAUUCCAACCAAUCCAAGGGAUUCAGGCAUUUAAACUACCCCCUGUGGAGGAGACAAGAUCACUUGCUUACUAGAACUCGAUGUAUCCCACAUGUAAGUCAUUGUAUCCGGCAGUUUUAAGGGUUGGGGAAUUGAUAACUCCUCGCCCUAAAUUGUAACGUUUGAUCAAUGCAUUUUCGUGUUAGGCCAUUUUCGUCGACAUUUUCUAUCUUUAUUACUUCUCAAACUUAAUAUCAAUAAUUUAUGAGCAAACAACACAAAGUCAAUAAUUAGUAGUGUUGCUAUGAUAUACCACAGUAAUAAACGUCCAUCCCUAUCAAUAUAGGGAAUUUCAGUAAGCUGGUUAGAAGAGGCAUCACAUGUUUUUCAACUUCAGAAAUGCUGACAUCUGUAUAGGAGCAAAGAAAUUUAACUAUAUUUUUCAUAUCAUGAUAAAAUUCAAUCUCGGCGUAAGACAAUCUCGACUUGCAAAACACGUUUGGAAUUUUUAACCAAUAAGUAAUUAUAUGUGGCACUGACAAAAAAUUUCCUGCAAGGCAUCAGAAAAUUUCAUGCAAAUAUAUUUUGUUAAAAUUUCCUGGCUGCUGGCGCUGCCUCGGACAUUUUUCAGCACUGGACUACUGCAUAUAAUGAAAAUAAUUUAGUACCUUCUCAUUCUGUUGUAACUGGCAUUCGACUAUACCAUCUCCUGCGUGAUAGUGCUUAUAGUGAAGCCCAGCUUUGUAACUAACCCACCUAUUAACGAAUUUCUCGCUAUUUCAGAUCCCUGCAGCAAAAAACAAGAUUGGGAUAUAUAGGAGUAAAAUCUAAAAGAUUUCUUGCAGCAGAUUUCAUAUUAUGUUGUUUGCACACUGUUUUCUAUAUGGUCUGCAGUUCAUUGUCACUUUUUGGUGAAAUGUUUCACGAUGGCACACACAUUUUACAAAUAUACAAAACACCAUAGAGCACACCUGGCUGUGUGUUUUGAAAUACUCGUGAAGCAAAAUCAUGAGAGCUUGGGAUGUCAGUUAUUGAGAUGUCAUAUCGUUCCUUUCCUAUAAUGUGGAAUAGUUGAACCAAUCAUAAUUUCCACGUGCUGAAGAAUUAGCACAAUCGAGAUAAUAUUUUCAGCAGAGACUGAGUCACAACUUGUCUAAGUUAUCUUCAUUCCAACCGUAUAUCAGUACACGUCAGUUUCACCUGUACGAAACUUGCACAAACCUAAGUGCUGUUAACAAAGAUACUAUGAACCUUGUUUUUUGAAUGCACGAUAAGCCUCUUAUUUGCUUCACCAGUAGCCUGGAUGUUGUGAGAUCUAGUUUAGAUAAAUGAGAUUGAUUUUGAUAAGUCUGGACACUUGUCAGGCUGCUGUGCAGUGCUCAUUAGCAUUUGAUUCAUCCAUAUCGAUACAAAACACAUAGCCAGGUGUUGUUUUUUUACACUGUCUUUGCACAGAUGUAUAACCAAAAACAUUAAAAAUGGAAAAUAUCCGGUAACAAGUUACUGCUGUCAAAGCAAACUUUAUAAUAAAACCGAAAUUGUAAUGAAACCUAUAACUUUCAUCGGCUUGAUUCUUACAACGUUUUUGCAACAACAACAAACAACUUUAUAUAUCAAGGAUAACAAGAAACAGAAUUACAACAGAAAAACCUGCUGUUUUCAAUUUGUUACGUAUUGUUAGGAAUGUGUAUUUUAUCAUCAGCUGCAACAGUUUAAGAUUAAUCCGUUCCGUAUUAAUUUACAUACCAGCUGUGACUUUAGUUGGGUUUAAAGGUUUGUUUACAUGCACUCUCAAAGUUUUUGUGAGCACAGCAGGAAUUUUGCAUUGAAGGAUUUGUAAGUAAUGUUUGAGGAAACUGACUAAGUGUUAAACACGGAGUCAAUAGCCGGUUCCCCUUAUUGCGUAUUCUGAAUACAACUACCAGCAUGCGGACGUGUUAUUGCAUAAUGAAGAAAAUACCCGCAAAGUAUCAUGGUAUAGUUGUAUUCAGAAUACGUAAUAAGGGGAACCGGCUAUCCCCUCGAACAUUGCUUACAAAUCCUUCAAAACUUGGAAUUUACCUAUACAAAAAAUUCCUACUGUCAUCACUGAAAUUUCGAUAGUGUAGCCUUAAAACACUGUGCGAUUGAAAAAAGUACGGCAAACUUUUAGCCUGCAUAAAAAACGUUCAAAAUGAAUAAAAUUAUAGAAAUAUUGGGAAUAUUUUUUAAACCGAAAGUUUAAAAAAUGUUCUCAAUGUAUUCUGAAUUAUUGCUUGCAUUCUAAACUACACAAGUCAGAGUUUCGAGACGAUUUUUACUUUGUUACAUAUCAAUUGAAAUUAGAAAGUUAAAACCAUGUUAUAUAAUGGAAAUUAGAAUGUUAUAGAAGGAUUUAAUAUACUAAAUAUGAAUUAUUUUUAAUCAUGUGUAUUUAGUGUUUGUUCUCAUAUUGAGAACAUUAUUGAUUGUAUUAUUGAUCAUAUUAUUGAUUGAUCAUAUAUCAGCUUGUAUUAUUCGCACAAAGUAUUUAUAUAUAUCUGCUGCAUGUUUUAUAUUUAAAAGUAUACUAGAAGAGUGUUAUACAGCAUUUGUAUAAGUCCAGGGUUCUCACUGACUUUGCAGUGUCGUAUAGAUAUAUAUUUAUAAAGUUUAAAAAAGGAAGUUGUAAUAUAUUAUGCAACUGUUGUAACAAGAUUUUGAAUUAAACGAUUUCUGUAAAA